UCAAAGCUCAACGUACAAGUCGGCAGCAGUAACACCGCCUCCGGCAAUAUACCGCCGUCUCCGCCGCCAUGUAUCCGCCGCCUGCCAUGAUCCCUUCCGGCCGGCGGGAAAGGAAAGAGCUCCAAUUGCAAGGCCCCCGCCCCGCUCCGCUCAGAGUGCAUAGCGCCUCCCACAAGAUCAGGAAGCCACAAGCGGCGGCGGCGCGUCCUCCUCACGCGCCGCCAGUGAUUAUAUACACGGUGUCCCCAAAAGUAUUCCAUACAAACCCUAACGAGUUCAUGUCGCUGGUCCAGCGGCUGACGGGCGCAACUGCAAACUCAACGUGUAAUAAUUCAUCCCCAGCUUUCCCCGGCGGCGGCGAUGUAUCUCCGGCGACUCGUUACGCCUCAAUUGAGAAAACGAAAACCCUAAAACCACAGAUUGAUACGGAAAGAUUAAUGGAAGGAAUUGAGAUUACUUCGAUUGAUGAUGAUAUGGAGGUCCCAACGAGUGGUGGUGAUGAAUUCCCUGGAAUUUUAUCAUCCCCCGAUAUCGAUCUGAUCAACAAUAAUUCCUUCAGUUUGUUCUUCAACCUGAGUCCUGUAUUAAUUGCACAGCAACAGAAACGACAUUGAUCUCAUCUGAUUCCAUGCCUAAUUUGAUGUCUAAUUUACAGGAAGGAUUAUAAAUGCCAUUGUUAACUAUGGAGAAACCAUGCAUAGCUACUUGUGGAGUUUCGUAGUUUUGAAAAGAUAGUAGUGGA